AAUGUUUACGUUAUCGACUGAAACAUGUAAACUUUAAACGAGACAGAUAAAACUCGAUCUGGGUUGGCAAACGGGCGCUUGGCGGAUAUUAAUAUUUAAACACUUCAACAUUACCUUUAUUUAUAUAGAUCACAAUCAUAAUGGAUAUGAGGAUAAAAUAUGCUGUAAUGACCGUUUUAUUAAGUGUAGUUGUAUGCUUAGCUGCAGUGUUAGCCUUGGUUUGGACCAUGCCCGAUUUGCCAACAACAGUCAUAAACGAUCAGAUAUGUCUGCCAAGUGAAUAUGGAACGCUUAGGUGUGACACAACAGCUGACUUGCUACAUGAUUAUCUUGAGAGGACAAUUUCAACAAAAUAUGAGGAAAUCAAAACAGAAGAUGAACAGCGACAACAGAAGUAUCUUGAAAAGAAUAGAGCCCGAUUAAAUGGUAUCUACGACAAGUCAUUCUGGGAAAUGAAGCCAGCCGCCAAACUCACUGGAAAAGAGCAGCCUGACGCAAGAAAAAGCGACGAAGGGGCAGAGAUGACACCAGUCAGGGAAUGGAGACAUGGAAGAGAACUAUAUGACACCAGUGGGUUCGAGAGAUACGGCAUUCGUUACCGUAAUGGCCGUCUGGUUGUUCCUGUUGACGGAACUUACUUUGUAUAUUCAUUUGUUGAUUUAUUUGAGCAGUGUGAUCCUUCUAAUGGCAAACCUAAUGUUAAAGACACAAGUAAACCCAUAAAACAUGGCAUUUACAAGUUUAACAUUUUAGAUGAGGAAGAGAAUGAAAUAACGUCAAGCGUCCAGCCCCAUCAAAUUUCAAGCAACAGAUAUUUUAACUCGUAUGGUAGCUAUGUUUCAUCCUUGGCUAAUUUAAAAGCUGGGGACGAGAUAUCAGUCAAGGUCAGCAAUAUAACUUAUUUGAAAUACACAAGAGAGAAUUACUUUGGCCUAAAUCUGAUAUGAAAACGCUGUAAAGUUGGCGCUAAAACAUAAUUGAUUUGAAGAAACAAAAUAAUCAAAUAAUCAGUGCUAAAGGGAGAUUGUCCAAAGAAACACUUCUUUUAAACGUUAAACAUUCUAACAUUAAUAAAAGUUAUUGCAAGGAAUCAAUAUUUUAAUAAGAAACAAAUUUAAGCCCUCUACUGAAUGAACAAAAUCAAUGCAAAUUUGCAACAAUUUCAAUGCAAUGUUACGGGUAAAUGUGAGGCAAAUUUAACAUUCAUCUAAUGGUAAACACCCAGUUGUCCAGCAAAAACAGUUUGAAAACUGAAAUUGCUGGACAAUUGACCGUGCCAAGGCGGUAGCCCAAAUUGUAGUUAUCUUGAUAGUAUGAUCUGUUAUAAUCAUUCUUCAUGGGAAGAAUGUGUGUUAACUUACAUUUGGCUUUUGCCUUAUUUCAAAUAUUACUUUUCAUUUUGGUAACAUCAUCACAUAGUACUGUAGAUUGUAUAAUAUUCACAGUAUCAAUUUUCACGAAUUCAGCCAAAUGAUGAAACCAUUCGUGAAUAUGUAAUAGCACAACCAAUUGCAAAACAGUGAAAUUAAAUGAACACGAAAAAUACCCAGCCUGCAGAUAACACCUUUAUAAUAAGUUAGACCAAGAGACUAUACCGGUAUUAUGACAUAAAUACAGACUGCACACACCAUAUAAAUGUGUUUAAAAAAAAUUGACUUUUAUCAUGAAAUAAUGCUAUAUGUUUUUGACAUUUUAUAACUAUUUUGAGUUUAAUGAUAUAAAUAUGGGAAUAUAAUAAUGUUAUAUUAUACCUAAUUGCUAUAGCACGCUUUUGCAUUUACACUCUUGUUAUUAAAAAUAACAAUUAAGUAAACAUACUUUUACUUGUGAUUUAAUUCAAUCAAUAGUGUUGUUCUGCUUAUCGCCGGAAACUGUGUUUUAGAGAACAAUCACCCCUAUUCAUGAGUGGACGGAUAGCUCAGUGGUUUGCACACUGGCCUUCCAAUCCUGAGGUCGGGGGUUCGAUUCCCUGCAGCUACUCGGGAAUUUUCAGAAACGCUUUUCAGUGUUUUCCACCCAACUAGAGGUGUACUGGUCAGGAACCCAGGCAAUCCUUGCGUGUAUCAGUGCUAUACACUGGGCACGUUAAAGAACCAAGCUGUCUAUUCGCAACGAGCUAGGCUAAGUUAGCCGAACAAGCCUAUAUCUGAUUUCUGAUCUCUCUGUCGUGGGGGCUUUGUCUCACUCUGUCCCUCUGGUCAGAUCGCUCUGUGCCUGUACUAGUAGAGGAUGAAUUAUGCCCCCUGUGUGGCUGCAUUUGAACUAUGUAAAGCGCCGUUGAACGUAAAAUUGGUCAUGAAAAGGGCGCUAUAUAAAUCUGGUAUAAUAAUAAUAACAAUAAUAAUUCAUUAUGCAUCAAUUUCUACAAAAUAGAAAAAAAAGUGGAAAACAGCAUUUUUGUCUAACGGGACAAAAAUAAAAGUGUUGCAGACUCGGUUUGAUUGCGCAUGUUACACAAAACGUCAACCGUUAUCAAAAAGAGAACAGCAUAUGAAAUUCCACUUUAGGCGAUUCCUUUUACCGGUUAUUUUUAACAAUUUUAAGUAAAUUUUUCGUUUGAACUGUGCUUUUGAUACAUUGUGCUUAUAAUUUUUUUAUGAAAAGUCUGUAUGUUCUCAUGUACUGACGACAGGCAUGGUGUUUUAUUGCAAAAGUUAUUUUUAUUUUGACUUUGGUUUGUUUAUCAUCUAGUAAUAGUUUGCAACAGCACUACAAAGAUCUUUAGUUUUAAUAAAUGUGACACUGACCUUUACCCAGUGGCAUUAUGAUAACAGGAAGUCAAUCCUUUCUAAAGUUAAAAUCCGGAAACAACCUGUUUGAUGCUCACAGUGAUAAGAUAUCUUAGUAACUGUGACAUGGACCAUGACCCAGUGCCAUUAAAAUGACCUUUUUAACUCCAACCCUCCCCUUCCCCAAAUAGUUAGCCACUGACUACGAUUUGAACCGCUAUCCAUGUGUUCCACAACACAAUAGUUACCUUAAGCUUAGCGCUUUAGACCACUUAGCUACAGAGGUUCUUUCCACUUUGCAGAUAGAUUAAGUUAUCGCAUUCCAAACUACAAUUAUUGAGCGAAACCCGUUACUCAUUUUUAGUUAUAAAUACCCCAAAUAUCAUCCAAAUUCUACAGAUAAGCUAUCUUUAAACCAAGUUUGGUGACAGUAAGAAAAUGCCAACUAAAAUACUAAACCGGAACGGAAAUCUACUUUUUAAUUAUCACAAUGAGGAAAAAAAUCUUCUUAGUAACAUGGACCUUGACCUUACCCCGUGACAUUUGUAUAUUUUUUGUCACAAAAAAUUGGGCUCUCACUGCUAUCUAACCGUGACCUAUCCGCAACACAAAAAUUAGUUUUGGCCCAACGCUAUAGACAAUUAAGCCACAGUAGAAUUUUUUGAGUUAGUUAUGCCGAAAUUAAACUUGAGCCCAUAUGAAAUCUCAAAGUUGUUUUUCUAUAAGCUACCAAUAGGCCAAUUUAUAUUUCAGUACUUCAGUGCAAACUAAAGUGAUUGAGCGAAAGCUGUUUUUUUUUCUAAUUUUAGCAACAGUGACAUUGACCUUCAACCUAAUGAUCUCGUUUGCAAUUCCAAACUUCGUCUCUAUGCAAGCUACAUUUAUGCUUAGUUUAAUUGCAAUCAGUCAACCUCUACUCAAGUUAUUGAGCAUUGAGCAGCAACAAAAAAUUGACACCGAACGCACCCCCUAGACACCCCCGCCUGCACGCCCACCGAACGACAUUCACCAUUCUAGUAACCAGAUUCUUUUUAAACCUUGUUAAUAGCGGUAAAUGUGACAUUGACAUUUUGUCUACAGUUUACUUAGUGAUACAGUGGUACAGGCCAGCAUGCUAUAAAUCGUGUUUGUCCCAAAAAGUAGAUCGGAAAGCAUUCUAAAAAAAUUAGAAACCUUCACCUUCGACCUUUAUCUCCCAAAUACAAUUAUUACCAUUAUAUGACGGUUUGAAAGACCAAACGAAUGAAUUUCAUUUCCAAAGUUAUGGACAUACCUUUCCUUAAAGCAAACUAGAUGCGUGUCAGUUGGACACUGUUGCACACACUUACUGUCAUUGUGGUAUCUUAUGUUGACAAGGCAAUACUUAGUAACAGGGGUAAAACAGUUUUUUUUCUUGCUUUUUAAGGGGUGCGGAGUGACCCUGGAGCAAAUUCCAAGUAAAUUCCUGAGUACAUAACUCAAUAUACUGACAAAAGUCAUAUAAGAUUUAAUUAUUUUAUACAAAAUACUUCUUAAGAUACCUGCGACACAAAAUUUUAGGCCCUUGCUGCAUAUGUUGAUAAGCCAUAGGCUUUAAGUCUAGCUUUAUUGAGUAGAAUCUCAAAAGGAAACCUCAGGUGCACGACUUCAUGAUCACAUGCUGAAUAAUUUUCCUGUUUCAUUACUCACCAUCAACUGCUUCUUAAGACAAACAGAAAUAUGUUUAUAACAUUUGUGCAUUUUUUUUACUUCGUCAAUUGCCAUUGAUCUGAUGUUGCUGAGUAAAAUCCCAAACAAAUCCCGGGUGCACGACUUGAUGUGCUGAAUAACAUUCCUGUAAUGUUUGAGAUAUGUGCGACACAAAAGUUUUGACCCUAUAUGCAUAUUUCGACUAAGUCAAGGGCGUUGCUGAGAAAAAUCACAAACAAAUCCCCUUGUGUACCACUCCAUAUGCUGAAUAACGUGUCUGAAAUGUUUCUUGACUCUAGGUCAAAUUCCUUUUUAGAUAUUUUCGACACAAACCUUAAGGUCCUUUAUGCGUAUUUUUGACAUCGUAAAGGACCAUAAUUGUGACCUUACUGGGUAAGAUCCAAAACAAACCUCAGAUGCAAUAUAUUUAAUGUGCUGAAUAACAAUCCUUUAAUGUGUUAUGACCCUAGGUCAAAUUCCUUUUGAUAUAUGUGUCAUUAAGUCGAACAAAGGGACAAACGAACUAAGUUUUAAUCUCCCCAGUAAAGAUAGAAAAAAAUGAGUAGCAAAAGGUGUGGUUCCUGUGGUAGUAAAAAUUCUAAUAAUCCUUCCGUUAAAGAUAAACUUUUAUUGCUUUACGACAGUCUUGUCAAAACUGUAUAUCAGCAGAUGAAAUCCUACUUCAACUGUCAAAUUUUAAAAUUUCUGUUAUCUUGCAAUCAGGAUACCUCUUAUAAGGAAUUUUUGUGUACCUUAUUAUUUUAAAAAAGAUUAGAAUUAAGAGAAAUGAUGAAGCAAAUUAUACUUAAUAAUUUUUAUCAUUAUUGGAAAUAUUUUGACAAAAGUGUCAAAAACUGAAUAGUGUGAAUGGAUUUUGAAUAUGCUAUGUUUGACAUUUUGCCGAUGGAGCCAUUCCUUUUAUUAUAGAACCCCGAGUUGAUUAAAAUGGUGUUGUUUUUAUUUACUUUUUUCUUGCUUCUAAAAUUGUCCGGCUCAUGCUGUGUCUGUUGUGCUCGGUGCUUUCAAGAUGCCAUAAGGAGUUAAUUCUCACCUUUUAAUUUUAGAUCUUGAAAAAUAUACUCUGUAUUUAUAACAAUGAAGAUUUCUAAAUUACCAACGUUGUCUUUAGAGGUAUCUUGUACCAAAGUCAUCGAAAACCACUGUUAAAUUUCUUGUGCAAUGUUUCUAGAAUAUAAGAAUAUUGUACUUGAGAUCAUUACAGUUACUAUUGAUUAGUACAGCAUCAUCAGCAUAUAACCCGAGAUUCUGUGGUAUGUUAAGCAUGUCGUCGAUAUCAUCACUGCCCCUGUGUUAGCACCUAGCCGUUUACGUUAAAAUCUUUCCUGAAAAGGGCAGGCCAUAAAGGAUGAUGAAUAAUGGAAACAUCGACUAACCCUUAUGGCCAAAGAUUUUUACGUUCUGUCGGUUAGGUGGAGGCGAUACAGCGAGAUAACAAAACCAAGAAAAUCGAGCAAAAUGUCGUUAUCAUGCCUUUAUUGCAGUUCGAAAGAACGACACAUUGACAAAAACGAAAACAAAUACUUAGACUUCAGACAUACUUUAUACUGCUUUUAAAGCUAAAGCCCGUAACUUCUUGCUGUGCAUUGACAGGGAUUUUACAGAAGCAACAACAAUUUUAUUCAAAACUUAAUACAUUUAUCAACUUUUCGUAAGCACAUAUACAAGGGAGAUUACUCUGAUAAUGUCUUGUUAGAAAAUACGUUCGUAUAUCCGCCCUUGUACAAUUAUCAUUGUUUUUACUGUAUUUCAUUGUGUCAUAUUGUAUUAGUUUUAUCAUAUUAUAUUGUAUGCUAACGUUUCGUAUUAUUUUAUAGCUUAUUGUAUCCUAUAUAUGUGUAUUUCACUGCAGUUUAUUUGUCCCAAGCUGAUGCUUAAGUUUUGUUUACAGGAAUGGAUUCAAAUAGAUACAUUGUAUUGCCAGGUGUUGCGAGCAUGUAAUAUUUACAUCGAUUAGCUACAAUGAAAUAUUCUUAAUACGUGAAACGCAUGCAAUCGAUACUGAAUCUUUUCCUUCUCAGAGAGACUGAUGUUCGAGGUCGAUGUCCCCAUGUACCAAAGGACAUUAAAUAGAAACGGACUUAGCACGGUCUAAAUACUAGUACACUGGUCUCCCAAAACAAUUAAAAUUAAAUUGCAAGUAACCCAAACUGAAAUUGUUACAUUCAGUCAUGGCUAUGACUGUGGAACUUCUUUGAAUGUCUCACUCUUCAGUAAGCUUAGUUGGCUUAAUGAUGAAAUUGUAAAACACAUGUACAAGAUAUUUUUAUUCAGAAAAACAUGCUGGCAGCAUUUGUUUGUAUUUAUUUUCCACAUGUGUAUAUUUUUAUGUUUUUCAAGCUAUUUUAGACUCAGACAUAUGCUUUUAAACUAAAACUGAAUGAGAGAACGGAAUACGUAGUAAAGACAUAUUAAUAUAGGUCAAAAUUUGA